AUGUCUCUCAAGUCCUGGUCUACCAUCGUCGCUGAGAAGCGCGUCGCCCUCGCAGCGAAGAUCCCUGCCGCAUGGCGUCUCGCGUCUGUCCCUGACUCGACUGAGCUUCGUAAUGCUGUCGACUUUCCUCGCCAGUUCAUGAGCGAACGAUCGAUCGCUAUCACGGAGACGACUGAUGCUCGCGUCCUCCUCGCCAAGAUUGCUAGUGGCCAGUACACCGCCCAUGAGGUCACCGAGGCAUUUUGCCACCGCGCUGCAAUCGCCCAGCAGGUUGUUAACUGUCUCGCGGAGAUCAUGUUCGACGACGCUCUGAAGCGCGCCAAGGAGCUCGACGAGUACCUGCGCGUCAAUAAGAAGACUGUCGGGCCGCUUCACGGUCUCCCGGUUUCCCUCAAGGACGUCUUCCGCGUGCGCGGUACCAACUCGGCCAUUGGUGUCGUCUCCUUCCUCGAUGUUUUGGACACGGUCGAUACCGAAGCCUUCAUCGUCAAGGAGCUGCGCGCGCUUGGUGCAGUCAUCUACGUCAAGACAACUUGCCCCACCGCGAGCUCUCACAUCGACUGCCACAACAACAUCACCGGCCAGUCGUACAACCCUGUCAACCGCCUCAUGUCGUCGGCGGGCUCUUCCGGUGGCGAGGGUGCCCUGAGCGCUAUCCAUGGUACCAUCUUGGGUCUCUCGACGGAUAUCGGUGGUUCGAGCCGUGUGCCCGCCGCCGUGAACGGUGUCUACGGUCUUCGCACGACUUACGGCCGCCUUCCGUACCUCGGUGUUCACGACCUCAUUGUAGGCAACACCUCGGCGCCCUUCACCAUUGGCCCGAUGAGCGCGAACCUUUCGAACCUGAGUCUACUCAUAGAGUCCGUCCUCUCCCGCCAGCCUUGGGUGGCCGAUCCGAGGGUCGUCGAGAUCCCUUGGCGCGUCGACCACUAUGAUGCGGUGACGAAGAAGGCUGGCGCUGGUGGUCUCGUCUUUGGUAUCUUGAUGACCGACGACGUCGUUACUCCUUCGCCUCCUGUCCAGAGGGCACUGAAAGAUGUCAAGGCUCGCCUCGAGGCCGCUGGUCAUGAGGUCGUGGAGUGGACUCCCCCGCCCCAUCGUGAAGCUGACACCAUCAUCAACACAUUCUACGGCGCCGAGGGUGGCCACGCCAUCUUCAAAGCUCUCGCCGCAUCUGGCGAGCCGGCCGACCAUCUCGUCAAGGACUGGUUCGGCGAGGCGCCCGUCCCUGAAAUCUCUGCAUCCGAGUUCUUCGCCGCGAACGAGCGCCGCUACCAGUACCAGCAGGCGUACGCGAAGUACUGGAACGAGUCGUACAAGUUCACUCAGUCUGGGCGUCCGGUGGACUUUGUGCUGCUCCCUGCUUUCCACGCGAACUCGUUCCGGCCCGGUGAAGCUGGGAGGUACCUUGGAUAUGUGACUAUCGCGAAUGUCCUCGACCACGCGGCGGUCAUUCUCCCCGUCUCGCACGUCGACAAGAAGAUAGAUCUUCCUGACCCCGCCUUCGUUCCUAUCGACGAGCGCGACGCGCUCAACCACUCUUUCUAUAACCCCGAGGACUUCGACGGCGCGCCCAUCGCCGUCCAGAUCAUGGGCCGCCGUUUCCAAGAAGAGCAAGUUCUCGCCGCCGCCAAGGUCGUCGACGAGCUCGUGCACUCGAAGUAA